CGCCGAGAGGAACGAGCCGGGAGACGCCGGACGGCCGAGCGGCAGGGCGCUCGCGCGCGCCCACUGGUGGCCGGAGGAGAAGGCUCCCGCGGAGGCCGCGCUGCCCGCCCCCUCCCCUGGGGAGGCUCGCGCUCCCGCUGCUCGCGCCUGCGCCGCCCGCCGGCCUCAGGAACGCGCCCUCUUCGCCGGCGCGCGCCCUCGCAGUCACCGCCACCCACCAGCUCCGGCACCAACAGCAGCGCCGCUGCCACCGCCCACCUCCUGCCGCCGCCACCACAGCCACCUUCUCCAACUCCGCUGUCCUCUCCCGUCCUCGCCUCUGUCGACUAUCAGGUGAGCUUUGAACCAGGAUGGCUGAGCCCCGCCAGGAGUUCGAAGUGAUGGAAGAUCACGCUGGGACGUACGGGUUGGGGGACAGGAAAGAUCAGGGGGGCUACACCAUGCUCCAAGACCAAGAGGGUGACACGGACGCUGGCCUGAAAGAAUCUCCCCUGCAGACCCCCACUGAGGACGGAUCUGAGGAACCGGGCUCUGAAACCUCUGAUGCUAAGAGCACUCCAACAGCGGAAGAUGUGACAGCACCCUUAGUGGAUGAGGGAGCUCCCGGCGAGCAGGCUGCCGCGCAGCCCCACACGGAGAUCCCAGAAGGAACCACAGCUGAAGAAGCAGGCAUUGGAGACACCCCCAGCCUGGAAGACGAAGCUGCUGGUCACGUGACCCAAGAGGAGUUGAGAGUUCCGGGCCGGCAGAGGAAGGCGCCUGAAAGGCCCCUGGACAAUGAGAUUAGUGCCCACGUCCAGCCUGGACCCUGCGGAGAGGCCUCUGGGGUCUCUGGGCCGUGCCUCGGGGAGAAAGAGCCAGAAGCUCCCGUCCCGCUGACCGCGAGCCUUCCUCAGCACCAUCCCGUUUGCCCAGCGCCUCCUCCAACAGGAGGCCCUCAGGAGCCCUCCCUGGAGUGGGGACAAAAAGGCGGGGACUGGGCCGAGAAGGGUCCGGCCUUUCCGAAGCCCGCCACCACUGCGUAUCUCCACACAGAGCCUGAAAGUGGUAAGGUGGUCCAGGAAGGCUUCCUCCGAGAGCCAGGCCCCCCAGGUCUGAGCCACCAGCUCAUGUCCGGCAUGCCUGGGGCUCCCCUUCUGCCUGAGGGCCCCAGAGAGGCCACACGCCAACCUUUGGGGACAGGACCUGAGGACACAGAGGGCGGCCGCCACGCCCCUGAGCUGCUCGAGCACCAGCUUCUAGGAGACCUGCACCAGGAGGGGCCGCCGCUGAAGGGGGCAGGGGGCAAAGAGAGGCCGGGGAGCAAGGAGGAGGUGGAUGAAGACCGCGACGUCGAUGAGUCCUCCCCCCAAGACUCCCCUCCCUCCAAGGCCUCCCCAGCCCAAGAUGGGCGGCCUCCCCAGACAGCCGCCAGAGAAGCCACCAGCAUCCCAGGCUUCCCAGCGAAGGGUGCCAUCCACCUCCCUGUGGAUUUCCUCUCCAAAGUUUCCACAGAGAUCCCAGCUUCAGAGCCCGACGGGCCCAGUGCAGGGCGGGCCAAAGGGCAGGAUGCCCCCCUGGAGUUCACGUUUCACGUGGAAAUCACACCCAACGUGCAGAAGGAGCAGGCGCACUCGGAGGAGCAUUUGGGAAGGGCUGCAUUUCCAGGGGCCCCUGGAGAGGGGCCAGAGGCCCGGGGCCCCUCUUUGGGAGAGGACACAAAAGAGGCUGACCUUCCAGAGUCCUCUGAAAAGCAGCCUGCUGCUGCUCCGCGGGGGAAGCCCGUCAGCCGGGUCCCUCAACUCAAAGCUCGCAUGGUCAGUAAAAGCAAAGACGGGACUGGAAGCGAUGACAAAAAAGCCAAGGGGGCCGAUGGUAAAACGAAGAUCGCCACACCGCGGGGAGCAGCCCCUCCAGGCCAGAAGGGCCAGGCCAACGCCACCAGGAUUCCAGCAAAAACCCCGCCCGCUCCAAAGACACCACCCAGCUCUGGUGAACCUCCAAAAUCAGGGGAUCGCAGCGGCUACAGCAGCCCCGGCUCCCCAGGCACUCCCGGCAGCCGCUCCCGCACCCCGUCCCUUCCAACCCCACCCACCCGGGAGCCCAAGAAGGUGGCGGUGGUCCGUACUCCACCCAAGUCGCCGUCUUCUGCCAAGAGCCGCCUGCAGACAGCCCCCGUGCCCAUGCCAGACCUGAAGAACGUCAAGUCCAAGAUCGGCUCCACUGAGAACCUGAAGCACCAGCCGGGAGGCGGGAAGGUGCAGAUAAUUAAUAAGAAGCUGGAUCUUAGCAACGUCCAGUCCAAGUGUGGCUCAAAGGAUAAUAUCAAACACGUCCCGGGAGGCGGCAGUGUGCAAAUAGUCUACAAACCAGUUGACCUGAGCAAGGUGACCUCCAAGUGUGGCUCAUUAGGCAACAUCCAUCAUAAACCAGGAGGUGGCCAGGUGGAAGUAAAAUCUGAGAAGCUUGACUUCAAGGACAGAGUCCAGUCGAAGAUUGGGUCCCUGGACAAUAUCACCCAUGUCCCUGGCGGAGGAAAUAAAAAGAUUGAAACCCACAAGCUGACCUUCCGCGAGAACGCCAAAGCCAAGACAGACCACGGGGCGGAGAUCGUGUACAAGUCGCCAGUGGUGUCUGGGGACACGUCUCCACGGCAUCUCAGCAAUGUCUCCUCCACCGGCAGCAUCGACAUGGUAGACUCGCCCCAGCUCGCCACGCUAGCUGACGAGGUGUCUGCCUCCCUGGCCAAGCAGGGUUUGUGAUCAGGCCCCUGGGGCGGUCAAUAAUCGUGGAGAGGAGAGAAUGAGAGAGUGUGGAAAAAAAAAAGAAUAAUGACCCGGCCCCCGCCCUCUGCCCCCAGCUGCUCCUCGCAGUUCGGUUAAUUGGUUAAUCACUUAACCUGCUUUUGUCGCUCGGCUUUGGCUCGGGACUUCAAAAUCAGUGAUGGGAAUAAGAGCAAAUUUCAUCUUUCCAAAUUGAUGGGUGGGCUAGUAAUAAAAUAUUUUUAAAAAAAACAUUCAAAAACAUGGCCACAUCCAACAUUUCCUCAGGCAAUUCCUUUUGAUUCUUUUUUCUUCCCCCCUCCAUGUAGAAGAGGGAGAAGGAGAGGCUCUGAAAGCUGCUUCUGGGGGAUUUCAAGGGACUGGGGGUGUCAACCACCUCUGGCCCCGUUGUGGGGGUGUCACAGAGGCAGUGGCAGCAACAAAGGAUUUGAAACUUGGUGUGUUCGUGGAGCCACAGGCAGACGAUGUCAACCUUGUGUGAGUGUGACGGGGGUUGGGGUGGGGCGGGAGGCCACGGGGGAGGCCGAGGCAGGGGCUGGGCAGAGGGGCGAGGAAGCACAAGAAGUGGGAGUGGGAGAGGAAGCCACGUGCUGGAGAGUAGACAUCCCCCUCCUUGCCGCUGGGAGAGCCAAGGCCUAUGCCACCUGCAGUGUCUGAGCGGCCGCCUGUCCUUGGUGGCCGGGGGUGGGGGCCUGCUGUGGGUCAGUGUGCCACCCUCUGCAGGGCAGCCUGUGGGAGAAGGGACAGCGGGUAAAAAGAGAAGGCAAGCUGGCAGGAGGGUGGCACUUCAUGGAUGACCUCCUUAGAAAAGACUGACCUUGAUGUCUUGAGAGCGCUGGCCUCUUCCUCCCUCCCUGCAGGGUAGGGGGCCUGAGUUGAGGGGCUUCCCUCUGCUCCACAGAAACCCUGUUUUAUUGAGUUCUGAAGGUUGGAACUGCUGCCAUGAUUUUGGCCACUUCGCAGACCUGGGACUUUAGGGUUAACCAGUUCUCUUUGUAAGGACUUGUGCCUCUUGGGAGACGUCCACCCGUUUCCAAGCCUGGGCCACCGGCAUCUCUGGAGUGUGUGGGGGUCUGGGAGGCGGGUCCCGAGCCCCCCGUCCUUCCCACAGCCACUGCAGUCACCCCUGUCUGCCCCGCUGUACUGUUGUCUGCCGUGAGAGCCCAAUCACUGCCUAUACCCCUCAUCACGUCACAAUGUCCCGAAUUCCCAGCCUCACCACCCCUUCUCAGUAAUGACCCUGGUUGGUUGCAGGAGGUACCUACUCCAUACUGAGGGUGAAAUUAAGGGAAGGCAAAGUCCAGGCACAAGAGUGGGACCCCAGCCUCUCACUCUCAGUUCCACUCAUCCAACUGGGACCCUCACCACGAAUCUCAUGAUCUGAUUCGGUUCCCUGUCUCCUCCUCCCGUCACAGAUGUGAGCCAGGGCACUGCUCAGCUGUGACCCUAGGUGUUUCUGCCUUGUUGACAUGGAGAGAGCCCUUUCCCCUGAGAAGGCCUGGCCCCUUCCUGUGCUGAGCCCACAGCAGCAGGCUGGGUGUCUUGGUUGUCAGUGGUGGCACCAGGAUGGAAGGGCAAGGCACCCAGGGCAGGCCCACAGUCCCGCUGUCCCCCACUUGCACCCUAGCUUGUAGCUGCCAACCUCCCAGACAGCCCAGCCCGCUGCUCAGCUCCACAUGCAUAGUAUCAGCCCUCCACACCCGACAAAGGGGAACACACCCCCUUGGAAAUGGUUCUUUCCCCCCAGUCCCAGCUGGAAGCCAUGCUGUCUGUUCUGCUGGAGCAGCUGAA